AUGAAGCAACAGGCUCUAGCUCUCCUCAUGACCAUUUGUCGUGGCCAGCCACUUCUCAUAAAAUAUGUGCUGAGACAGCCUCGCUUUACAUCUACCUCGACUGCGAAGACGGAAUCUUUGGACAAGCCAGCCAAUGCACAGGAAACUGCAAAAAAGAAAGAGGCGGUUGAUAAGAUGAAGAAGAUGCAAAAGAGCAUGGCUGACGCCGAUGAGGAAAUGCGGCAAGCCAUGGAGAAUCUAGCGGGAGAUGGGGGAGAGGCUGGACUCGAGCUAGAGGAUGGCAAGCCUGUUGCCAUGAAGCGGGGUGUUCGAGAGAACAUGUUCAGAUAUAUUUGA